ACAUUCAACAUCAUGACGGCCGUGUACGGUGUUCAUAGAAUAAGUCUCGCUUCUCAUUUUCGGUGUAGUAUCGAAUCGUUGCAGUUCAAAAAAACGAGAAAAAUCAGUCUCGAAAUUUUUUUUUGUUGAAAACACCAAAUUUAAAGUAGAAUUUGAAAACAGCACAGAAUGGAGGUCGACGAAGAUGAUAUUGAGCAGCCAAGUAGCAGCGACAACAAAGCAACAAAGAAACGUUUCGAAGUGAAGAAGUGGAGUGCUGUUGCGUUAUGGGCCUGGGAUAUUGUGGUUGACAACUGCGCCAUUUGCCGAAACCAUAUCAUGGAUUUGUGCAUCGAAUGUCAAGCGAAUCAGGCAUCAGCAACAAGCGAAGAAUGUACCGUUGCUUGGGGUGUUUGCAAUCAUGCAUUCCAUUUCCAUUGCAUCUCCCGUUGGUUGAAGACGCGUCAAGUGUGCCCAUUGGAUAACCGAGAAUGGGAAUUCCAGAAAUACGGCCACUAAAGAGGAAAAACAGCAAACAAUCCACACAAGCAUACCAAUUUCGCGAUGUCAUCAAACAAAAAAAAAACAAUUACAAUAAACACAUGAAUCGGCAAAUAUUGAAAACUCUUUAAAAUUAAGAUAUUAAACAAAACAAAAACCCAACAGAAAAUCAACGUUUCUAAAUGAAGUAAAUGAAAAAAUAAACAGAUUUAAUUCUUUCUAA